AGCAGGGGUGUAUAUAAGGGGUGUCUCUCUGAGCGUAGAAGUUCCUCCAUCCCUUUCUCACACACACUCCUCCAACACUCUCUCUCUGUCUCCAUCUCUUUACUGAAGAUGACUGCAGGGUUGUGUAUGUGUGUUCUGCUGGUGGUCCUGUGCACUAGCUGUUCAGGACGCGCCCACUUCUCUCCCCCCCUCCAAGAGGGCAGCCCUGCCCUGCCCCCUCCCUCUGAAGCACGUCUCGAAACCAAAGCCCACUUCCUCUCCGAGCCAUACCUCAGACAUACUCACUCCUCUCCUUUGGUCAAUACCAACCCAUAUAUGGGAGAAGGCAGAAACUCCAGAGCCAAGCUCAGUGAACUGUUGGCUAGACUCAUCUCCUCACAGAAAGGUUACAUCAGUGGGAACUCAACAGUGAAGAGCAGAGCCAGCGGUCUCAGUGCUAACCACCUGAUAAAAAACCGAGACUACACCGGGUGGAUGGACUUUGGCCGCCGCAGCGCAGAAGAAAAGGAGCACUCCUCGUAGAAAAGUAGUCCCUCUCCACAAGAAAAGAACAAGUCACUGUCUCGUCAUGAGUGUAUUUAUUCUGUAUUUGAUGUACAUUUCUUUGUAAACACCAUAUGAUGCAAUAUACAGCAUCUACAGUGACAAGAAAAAGUAUGUGAACCUCUUGGAAUGACCUGGAUUUCUGCAUAAAUUGGUCAUCAAAUUUGAUCUGACACAGCGUGCUUAAACUAAAUAACACGCAAAUAAUUGUAUUUUUCUUGUCUAUAUUGAAUACAUAAUUUAAACUUUCCCAGCGUAGGUUGGGAAAAGUACGUGAACCCCUAGACUAAUGACUUCUCCUAAAGCUAAUUGGAGUCAGGAGUCAGCUAACCUGGAGUCCAAUCAAUGAGACGAGAUUGGAGAAUUUGGUUAGAACUGCCCUGCCCUAUUCACAAGGAUCAUUGCCUGAUGUGAACCAAGCCUCGAACAAAAGAGAUCUCAGAAGACCUAAUAUUAAGAAUUGUUGACUUGCAUAAAGCUGUAAAGUGUUAUAAAAGUAUCUCUAAAAGCCUUGAUGUUCAUCA